AUGCCGAGAGCAAUCAGAGGUGUACUCAUCCAGUGCGAACCAGCCAUCAAGUCCAUCAUUGUUCACUUGGAUAGUGUCAACAACGAUAUCAUUAUCGAAGACCUAGAUGAGCAGACUCUGGUUGUUAAGGAAAACAUGGUGCAACUGCUCAAGCAGAAACUCGAGGACCGCCUGAAGGAAACAUACAGGCCCGAGGAACCCCUGGCAGACAGUGACUAG